AAGCUCAUUCCGUACAUUAAAAACUGUGAAGUAUAAGAAAUUCCUUGUCAUGCGGUAUUUGACUUAUUUCAUUUUAUGCUGUUGGUUAACGGUACAAGUUCAAGGCCAUGGUAGGUUACUUGAACCACCCUCUAGGUCCUCCAUGUGGCGCUUUGGUUACGACACCCCUCCUAAUUACAACGAUAAUGAACUCUUCUGUGGUGGAUUAUUUGUGCAAACCGUUAUUAACAGAGGAAAAUGCGGUGUCUGUGGAGAUGCUUACCAUUUAAAACAACCGAGACCUAACGAGGCAGGCGGCGAAUAUGGACUUGGGAUCAUUGUGAGAAAUUACACAGUUGGACAAGUUAUCAAGGCCACCAUCGACCUAACAGCAAAUCAUUUAGGCUACUUCGAAUUCAGGAUAUGCCCUAACAAUAACCCGAAAAAGAUUGUUGAAGAGUCCUGCCUCGAUAAGUAUUUGCUUCAGCUUGCAGAUGGAUCAGGAACAAGAUUUUAUGUGGAACCUUGGCAUUUGGGAUUGAUUGACAUUUAUCUACAGCUACCCAGCUAUCUUACCUGUACUCAGUGCGUUUUACAAUGGGAAUAUAGAGGAGAAAAUAAUUGGGGAUUGUGCUCUAAUGGGAAACAACAGCUUGGCUGUGGUCCGCAGGAAACAUUCCGUUCGUGCGCUGAUGUAGCAAUUCAUCAGAAAAACAGGAAUUGAUAACCGAAUUAAGUUACAAGAUAAUUAUUACGGGUGUUUUGAAUUUGAAUUGAAUUGCAUUUUCAUCUUUUUAAUUUUUAUGGGAAAGAAUAUUAAAUUUUCUUAAGAUUUUUUUAGCUAUUUUUUUGUAUAUAAAUUGAGAAAUUAUUAAAAUUAAUAUUUUGCAAGAA